AUGGCAGCAACUCAUGGAUAUCAAGAGUCUAUUUGGCUUAAGCGUUUGUGUUCUGAUGUUGGGUUUAAUGCAAGGCAGAUUUCUAUCUGUUGCAACAAUCAGAGUGCCACUUGUUUGGCGAAACAUCCCACUUUCCAUGCCAGGACGAAACAUGUUGAUGUACAAUAUUACUUUGUUCGUGACAUGGUGGAAAAUGGAAAGUUUAAUUUGGAAAAGGUGGAUACUCUGAAGAAUGUUCCAGAUGCGUUGACAAAACCUGUGAACACAACAAAGUUCCAAUGCCCUACACGACUACAUGCACAUAUAAAAAUACAUGAAUUUGAUCAUUCAUACUUUAUUUUGCAGACAAAAACCCAUAUAUGUCUAGUAACAGAUUAUUGUCCUGGUGGGGAGCUCUUUAUGCUGAUUGACAGACAACCUACAAAGGUUCUUCAAGAAGAUGCAGUGAGAUUCUAUGCUGCAGAAGUAGUUGUUGCCCUUGAGUAUCUACAUUGUCAAGGCAUAAUUUAUAGAGAUUUAAAACCAGAAAAUGUGUUGAUUCAAAGGGAUGGACAUGUAAUGCUGACAGAUUUUGACUUAUCAUGUUUGACAUCUUGUAAACCUCAAGUCAUAAUGCCUAUGAAUGUCUCUGAGAAUAAAAAAGGAAAAAUAAAUCAACCAAUGUUCAUAGCAGAACCUAUUAGAGCAUCAAAUUCUUUUGUUGGAACUGAAGAAUAUAUUGCACCGGAAAUCAUAAAUGGGGCAGGCCAUAGUAGUGCUGUGGAUUGGUGGGCUCUUGGUGUCCUAUUAUAUGAAAUGCUUUAUGGAUACACACCAUUUAGAGGAAAGACUAGGCAAAAGACCUUUGCAAACAUCCUUCACAAGGACAUAAAAUUUUCAAAGAGCGCUCAUGUAAGCGUGGCAGCAAUACAUUUAAUUCAUGGAUUGUUGCAUAGGGAUCCAGCAAAGAGGUUAGGUUCAUGUACAGGAGCAAAUGAAAUCAAGAAACAUCCUUUUUUCCGAGAUGUCAACUGGGCUCUAGUUCGAAGCACGAAACCCCCCAAACUUGAUGUGCCUAUGCCGACAAUAGGAGAAAAUGUUGAUAAUACCAAAGCAAUGUCUUCAGACUGGAGCGAAAGAGAGGCACUCCUUGCCAUGCAUUCAAGUGUCUUCUGAAUGAAUUAUCAAGUUUUAAUUGCAAGCUAUUACGAAGCAUUGAUCUUUGGGUGGAACAACUUGCAGAUGUGAUGUAUGCAUCAUACUUGCAUUGCACAAGUGCCUGACAAAUGGAUACGGUCAUUUUUAGAUGCAAUUUGGAAUGGGUGCUGUAAUUCCAUGCAUAAAAUAUAUUCAGCUACUUUUGUUUAGUCUGUGAAUGAAGAUAUUAACACACUCAUUAAUUCCAAAUCAAAGCAACAGAAUUUGACAUAGUCCAAACCAAAGAGGGCUACAUAUAGGCACAAUGCACAUUGUGAAUAUAAUGGAAAUUUGAUUUAGCCUGCCAUUGUAAUCAGUUGUCACUUUGUGUUGAUAUUAUUGAUUUCUGAUAAUUGGUUUGAGAUCUGCAUUGAAAAACA